ACCAACAGGAAAAUGAAAAGAAAUGGUUGCUCAAAAUUAAUCCCCUUCUCUCAUUUUUUUUCCCCCUUAAAGGCAGACAAAAUGGCUAAGGACGGCAAGCCCUGGUACCUUCAGAAUGACAGUAUACUAUUGGAACAUUAUCUGCCUCCCACUGAUUUGAACAAAACAAAUAUUGAAAAGACCUUCUACCAGAAAUAUUCACAAAGCUUAAAAACCAUGAUUCCCAUCCGCUUAAGAGCAAGGUCUUCCAAGAAUCCAGUGGACAAUGCUGGACUUUUCUCCUUUGCUACCUAUUCUUGGUUUUCCUCUCUAAUGCUCCAAGGAUACCGGCACAAAAUCAAUAUAGCGACGUUGCCUUCCAUCUCUUACUACGACAGUGCCGAACCGAAUGCCAAAAGAUUUCGACUCCUUUGGGAAGCCGAGGUUGCCAAAGUCGGACUUGAGAAAGCUUCUUUAGGCAAAGUGUUCUUUCGGUUUCAAAGGACAAGGAUUUUCAUGGACAUCAUUGCUAAUAUUUUUUAUUCCAUUUUUGGUGUUUUGGGGCCAACCUUGAUCUUCCAUAACAUUCUUCAAUACACGGACAAAAAUUCAAGGGACUUGCUGGAGGGUAUUGGCCUCUGCAUGGCCCUUUUUUUCACCGAAGUUUCAAAAGUUGUGUUGUGGUCACUGACAUGGGCUAUCAACUAUCGCACAGCUGUCCGGGGAAAGGUUGCCGUGACGACCAUCGCUUUUGAGAACCUGCUGGCUUGUAAGUCCUUGAAACACGCGUCUUUAAGCAAGUUGAUUAAUUUCUUAGCCAACGAUGGUUUUCGGAUAUUCGAAGCUGCCUUGUUCGGCCCCAUGCCCAUGUUGGCGCCUCUUCUGAUCGUGGUUUGCACCAUCUAUUCCUGUGUCCUCCUUGGUCCGACAGCACUGAUAGGAACAUUCAUUUAUACUGCAUUUAUACCGUUGCAGAUGCUGAUGGCCAAAUUAACAUCUGUUUUCCGAAGACGAUCUAUUUUGCUGACCGACAAACGUGUGCGAAUCAUGAAUGAGGUGUUGACGUGCAUUAAGUUAAUCAAAAUGUAUGCCUGGGAAACAUCGUUUGCAAAAAUUAUCACAGGCAUCAGGGAAGCAGAAAGAAAAAUCCUAGAAAAGGCAGGAUACUUCCAGAGUGUGAACUCUGCUCUUACCCCGGUCGUUUCCACUCUAACCAUUGUUAUGCUGUUUUCCUUCCACACCCUGUUAAAGCGUGAACUAACAGCUGCUGCUGCCUUCAGUGUGAUUUCAGUAUUUAACACCAUGAGGUUUUCAAUUGCCAUUUUGCCAUUUUCAGUGAAAGCCCUUGCAGAAGCCAGUGUCGCCUUAAAAAGGUUGAAGAAAAUUCUCACUAUGAAAACGCCUUCUGAGUAUGUGAUGACCCUGCAGGGCUCCAGAAAUGCGGUGGUGUUGAAAGACGUCACCUUAUCUUGGGAAAGUGCUUCUGGUGAACCCCAGAGGAAAAGUGGGAAAGAAACACUUCUGAAUGGGAAAAGGGUCUACAAAUCUCCUCCCAGGGUAAAUGCGAUCAUUCCUCACUCUCAGAUAUCAGUGGUUGGGAGCGAUAUCAACUGCAGCUUUGUCCUGCGGAAUAUAAGUUUCAUAGUAGAGAAAGGCAAAGUUUUAGGGAUUAGUGGCAAUGUCGGAAGUGGAAAAACCUCAAUCCUUAAAGCAGUAUUAGGACAGAUGUAUCUGUAUCGUGGGAAUGUCGUGGUGAAUGGCACUUUGGCAUAUGUGUCCCAGCAAGCAUGGAUAUUUCAUGGAAGUGUCAGGGAUAACAUACUGUUUGGAGAAGACUACGAUGAACAAAGGUAA